AUGGACGGUUUAUUUAAAGACUUUGUGACGGACUAUAUAUAUUCCGGUAGCGGAACGCAUGCGUUGCGUCCCACGAAGAAUAAGGAAGUGAAGCCGGAUUUCAUGAUUCAAGGUAGUGGAGCGCACGUGUUGCGUUCCACGAAGAAUAAGGAAGUGAAGCAGCCGAAUCACAUGACUUACGCAC